AAUACGUCAUGCUAUAAUAAUGUAAAUUUUGAACACGCUACAUAAUUUUACCAAGUUUUGAUCAAUUUAUAACGACAAUGGAGACGCAAGCAGGCGACACGCCGCCGGCUGGCAAUGACAUGGAGAUGCUGAAGAAGAUGGAAGACGAACACCUGAGGCUGCAAAGACAAGUGCGCAUGAUACAAACGGACCGCAAGAAUCGCACGAUGGGCGUCCACCCACAGUUCAGAAGACAGGACACACAUCUCCGAAAACUGAAGAAAGACUACAUCAAUCUAUGUAAAGACCUGAAGAUAGCGAGAUCAGGCGCGCAUAAGAAAAAGGACAAACGAAUGAAACAGGACUUGAAAGAAGCCUUACUUCUGAGAAUAAACACGGCGCAGGACGCAGAAGAUGGAAUAACAAUGAUGAAUCAGCUUGAAGAGCUGUUGGAAAAUGAUAAACAAGAAAUGCUGCUUCUCAAGAAGGUGGUUACUGCUAGCCAAGGGGAGAUGGCAGAGCGUAGGACGCAAAGUGAACAACGGCUGGUGUCCACGGAGAACCAGCUUGAAGUAGCCACUCGGAGGUUCGAUGUGCUGCAGGCUGAGAACAGGAAGAUACGAGAUGAGAUUGAGCAUAUGCUUAAAGACAGAGCGCUCUUCAACAAGUCCUGGACGAAAAUGCUGACGGCUCUGAACAAAGGGAAGAAGUUUCUAACGGACCUGUUCGAGUCGUCCACCCUGGCGUACGACCAGAGAGACGAAUGGGUCGCCAAGCUAAGGUCCAUACAGGAGAAAGGGAGAAUGGAUCAGAUGCUGCAAGUUCAAGAAAUGCGAGAGCUCCAAAAAUCCUACGACCAUGAGAUGAAACUGUACCACUUCCUAUCUGCUAAAGGGGUGAUGAGAGUAAAUAAGAAACAGGAGGAGAGGGAAGAGAAAGAGAGGCUGCAAGAAAUAGAGACGAUAGAGAAGGAGUGUGACGCUCAUAACGCGAUUAUUGAAACUAUUAAUAACUACGCCAAAGAGGAAAACCCGGAGAAAAUUAUAAAGAUGUUCAGACAGAUAGAACAACAGAACUUCAGUAUGUAUCUGCUUAUGACCGAGUACUGCGCUGAGAUUGAAGUGCUCACGCGCAAUGUGGCGAAGAUUAGACAAGAUGUUGUGGACCGUCGCGACUGGAAUGAGAUGAAAGUAUCCAAACGGCAAGGUAAGCUACAGCAUAUGAAAGAAGAGUUAGAAGUGAAGAAAUCAAGUAACGAAGCACUGCGCAGCACACUCAACGAACGAAUACAGUUGAUGAAUAGGACUAUGGAUAAGAUUGCCGAUAUGUUCAAAUUCCUGGACUGCUCCCUGGAGCCCUACCAGAGCCUGCUGGGUGGGAAGGGCCCUUCCUUGUGGAAGUUCAACCUGACCAUGCGCCUCAUCAUGGAAAAGAUUCAAGAUAUCAUUCAAACCAUUUAUUUUUAUGAGCGACACGUCCAGAAGAUCGGUCACAAAGGAGGCGGCCGACUGAAGAUGUACCUAGUCCAGUGCGAGCUGCCCCAACAGCUCACACCGCUGCCCACAUCACUGAUGGUGCCGGCUGACACUUGUCCAAGUUGCGUGGAAGCCCGAUGGCUUUCCCGCGUAACCGAAGCUCCAGAGACACCCCUCACCAAACAGGAAGCACUGCAAGCCCUCGCAACACUGCAAGAGGACCCGGCCUUCGUGUGGAGCGACAGAGUGCACCCCCUCACUGACUGUAGGGUGCCCAGAAGUCGGCUGAUACUCGCCAAACGAUAUAUGAACAUGUAAAUUAGUAUGUUUGAAAUAAAACAUCUCUGAAGUCUUUGUUUGGAAAUUACAGGGUUUUGUGGAAAU